CCAGUCCGAGUUAUCAUACUAUCCGAGUUGGAGAGCGACCUUUUUCACUCUGCUGCGCGCGCACACAAACAGCCUUUGUCCCUUUCUCUCGGAGCUGCCAGAGAGAGUGAACACUUUCUCACUCUUCAACUAUCUCUCUCUCUAGGAACUCUUUUCUCACCUCUCUCUCUCUGAAGCCUAAGCUCCAUUUUUUGCUGUUUCAAGUCCCACCACAUUGACUGCACACCAGUUUUUAUUGUGGUCAGCGACUGAAAGUUCAUUGUGGAAGUGACUCCGGACGAACGGCGUAGAGAAAAGAAGGGAAAACCAGUUUAGUCCUCUUAUCCUUCCUCUUCUUCAUCCAGUUCUCUGUAUUUUUUCCAGAGCUUUACAAAUGGAUGAUGGAUCAACCAAUCCUAUAAAACCUAGAAAGUUUAUGCCAAAAAUGCGCCCAAAAAGAGUGCCGAAUCCUGCUGAAGUUAAGAGAGAAACAAUUGAGACUGCGGAUGAGAAACUAUCAAAGGAGUUGUUGAAACUCAUUAAGCAACGACAAGAAGAUGGAGGGAGAUUGCCUAAAAUUGAAAAGAAAGGGGCACCUGUUCAAGUUGCAUUUGGAUAUGGAAAUGCACCCAAUUUUUCAAAUUCAUCUGGUUAUUCCAAAGGUAGCAUUAAACCUAAAGGGAUAAGUCAAGCAUUUGAUGAUGGGGGCAAAUUUGUGGAUCUGAAGAGGGAUGUUGGUGCAAAGCAGGAAAAGGAGUAUGUCGAACCAUGGGAUUACCAUUCAAAAUAUCCUGUCGCCUUUCCUCUAAGGAGGCCAUACUCUGGGGAUCCAGUUUUUCUUGUACCAGAAAUUCUUGAUGAAGAGGAGUUUGGGGAGUCUUCGGCGAGUAAAUCAGUUUCCAAUAAGGAUUCUAUAAAUGCUGCAGAAGAGCUUGGUGUGAAGGAAGAGAGAGAAGAGCCCCGGUUGCUAUUUUUCCAAUUGCCAGAAACUUUUCCUGUACCAAAGCGAUCAGCCACUGCAGAAGGCAAUGAGGCGCAUGAUGACUCAGGCCUAAAGAGAAUUGGCAAAUCACAGAUGCCCUCUCGUCUUGAGGACUUGCAGACUGGUUUUAUGGGGAAGCUGCUCAUCUAUGAGAGUGGUGCUGUCAAGUUGAAGAUUGGUGACACUCUUUUCAAUGUUUCACCAGGGUCCUAAGUGUGAGUUUGCCCAAGACGUUGCAGUAAUUAAUACCAGGGACAGACAGUACUGUGUGCUGGGAGAAAUUAACAGGCGUGCUAUCGUGACUCCUGAUAUCGAUGAUCUUUUGAAGAAUUUGUAGUGAUCUCCCUCUCAAAACUGGGAACACUGUAUCUCAAUUUUUCUCAAUGAAAUUGUGGAGAGGGAUUAACAUGCAAAUAAUUUUGGGGCAACAGCGGUAGCUGAUCAUUUACAUGGGCUUCUUAGGCUUUGAUUUGGGCUUUAUAAGAGGUAUAAUAUGCAUGAUCCUCAAUACCAUGGAAGAAUGAUCACCUUUUUUAAGGUGAUGGAGAGAAUGAUACUCAUCAGUUGCAGGUUCUGUCUCUACUUUACGGGUCCUCAUUCCAUCAACUAUCUUCGGUCUUAACUAGUGUUUGAAAAAUCGGCGAUCCGAUCUGGAUUGGAUAUCGUCCAAGUUGUUUCGGAUCCAACAAAAAAUCAGCAAUCCCAUUUAGAUCGGAUAUCAUCGAGGCCGUCCUGCAUUAAAAAAAAAAA